GUUGGCAAGAGAUGCAUUAACUUCAGAAGGGCUCUGCGUAAUUGGAGGUUAUAUGUCACCAGUAAAUGAUGCAUAUAAGAAGAAGGAUCUUAUGUCUGCUGAGCAUCGUGUUGCAAUGUGCCAAUUAGCUUGUAAAAGCUCAGAAUUCGUUAUGACAGAUCCAUGGGAGGCAAGCCAGGAUAGCUAUCAACGAACAUUGACAGUUCUCUCCAGAAUAAAGUCCGCUCUCUGUGAUGGAAGUUUGGCAUCCAGUGAAGACCUCAUGGUCAUGCUUGUGUGUGGUUCUGAUCUACUAGAAUCUUUCAGCACACCUGGAGUUUGGAUACCUGAGCAGGUCAGGACCAUAUGUAGAGACUUUGGCUUGGUUUGUGUUCGGAGAGGUGGUCAGGAUGUUGAAAAGGUCAUUGCCGGUGAUGAUAUUUUGAAUGAAUAUAAGAAAAAUAUCAGAAUCGUGGAUGAAGUAGUGCCUAAUGGAAUCAGUUCAACGGGAUUAAGGGACUGCAUCUCGAAAGGGUUAUCAGUGAAGUACUUGACAGCCGAUGAAGUAAUUGAUUAUAUGAAACAACAUAACCUUUAUAGAGGGCAAUGUUCUAACAACUGAAUCAGAAGCUCCUCCUCUCAGGAGCUUGUUUUCUUAAAUAAUUGUUGAUACCUGUCCAAGAGUUGUUCAUUUCUUUGAGCUGUGAUCUUAGCAGCGAGGCUCUGUCCCUUGCUGCUAGAGCAGAACGAUCUAGUCUUUGUCCUUCCUUCAAGGACGAGAUGAGGAUGAACAUUUGCUCAUUCCAGUUGUCCUCUAUAUAUGUUCAUUUAUGAUGAAAUCUUUUCUGAAGAUCCCUGUAAGGUCCCUGUAUUAAGCCUAACACCAAGUAAGGUCCCUGUAUACCCCUGAGUUUCAUGAAAUGAAAGAAAGAAAGAAAAAAAGAGAGGAAUCAGGGCUA